CUGCCCGUCAGCAACAGUAAUAUGUCAACCACACGAAUCUUUUGUGUUUCUCUAUUCUAUUAAUGUUUCGUUAAGCAAAUUUCUCAAAAUUUCAAAGUAUCAUCGGAGAUCAACGCCGCGCUCGCGCGCGCCUUAUCUCACACGCGAUCAACGCUAAAUUUAGUAUCAGAGACGGAAUUUGGCCAGUUGCCGAAAAUAGACCAGUUAUCAAACGGAGAUCGAGAUUUAUUCCCUCCUGCCCUCUCAUAAUUAGCGAUACCAGGCCGAGCGAACGAUUCAUCAAGCUACCACCUGCCGCGACUUCUCCACGCGGUCACGGAGAUGCAGCCGUUUUCAGAUUAAAACAACGGCGCUUCCUUUGAGUACAUCUUUUGCCGGAAUCAAUCGAAGCGAUGAAGAACACGUGAAAAUUAACGUAUUUGCGCGGGAAGCUGUGCGGUAGAUCCACUACAUGAAUGUCAAAGAUGGAUCCUCUUCAAAUCUGGAAAGCUCAAGCGAAGACAAGAAAGACAAGAAAGAAAACGUCGAGAAUGAAGAUGAAAAUCCCGGAGUGGAAGUGGUGACAAAGGCGGAUGUGACAGAUUGUGAUAUCAAAUCCCUCAAAGAGGAACCAGACUGUCUGGAAAACAAAUGUGAGUCGUCUUUAGAACUGCCUUUAGAACCAACUCUUCACGAGCGAUUUUUGCGUAUUAAGCAAAUCGUGAAGGACGCUAUAGCUGCCCAUCAUACUUUUAUGAUUUACGGCAAGUCACGGGUCAUUCGCGAUUGCAUGUUGAAGCGAGGAUGGUGUGAGAAAUUUUAUCGCAGGAACAGCGGCGGUAAUAAAUCACGUGAUCAACAUUUCAACGUCGAUUCUAACCCAGUGCUUCUAUUGGCUGGUAUCGGCGAUCUAAAGGAUGAGCAAAGUGAACGUUUAUUGAUGUCGAGGAUGCUCGCCAAUCACACCGUUGACUUCCUGUGGAACACUGGGUCCGAUUGGCCCGGAUGGCCUGCUCAAGAUAAUAAAACUACUGUGUUCAAUCGAUAUUGUCGAGCUGGCUUCACAUCUAAGGUGGGCUUGUGUUCAAGCGUCAGGCAAAUGCAUUGGUAUUACGAAGCUGGAGUGGCUAACACUUUGUUUCCACGUUGCUACAACAUAUGUCAGAGCGAUCAGAUGCAUGCUUUCGUCGAGGACUUUCGACUCACAGGCUGUCUGAGUCUCUUAAAAUGGUUGGUGGACAAAGUCAAUGCCGAGGACGAAGACGUUGUGCGUUCAUCAACCGGCACAGUGCCUCUCAAAGCUCUCGACUUCGCGAUCAAGAGAUGUAGCGACUAUAUUAGCGCCCAAUCACACGAAGACAUUGAUCAGGAGGGUGAAAAGGUUUGGUCUCAUCAGUGGGAUCAGUUUAUCAGUUGGUAUUAUCAGAUAGUUCGCGGUCAAGCUCUCUUCGUUCGCACCAACGUGCCCUUCAACAAAUAUAUCCUGGCUUCGAAGCACGUAUUAAAAAAAAUGAGGAAGUACUGGCCGCAGAUUGACAUGGACGGCGUAAUGAACAUGUGGAUCCUAAAACCUGGUAACAAGAGUCGGGGACGCGGUAUUGUUCUGAUGAAUAAGUUGGAGGAUGUAGUAGCGAAAGUAAAUCCAACAGGCAAACCGGACACGCGAUAUGUCGUGCAGAAGUAUAUCGAACGGCCGUUACUGAUUCACAAUACAAAAUUCGACAUAAGGCAAUGGUUCAUCGUGACGUGCGCUCAACCUUUAACUCUCUGGCUGUAUAAAGAAAGCUAUCUUCGUUUUUGCUCACAAAAGUUCAGUCUGGAUGACGUUCACGAGUCGAUUCACCUGUGCAAUCACGCAAUUCAAUGCAAAUACAAUAACUGCGGCGACAGGGACUCUGCUCUACCCGCGGACAAUAUGUGGGACGCAACGACAUUCAAAGAGUUCCUCAGAUCUCAGGGUCAUGCUGAUGCAUGGGAUGAACAGAUCUAUCCAGGAAUGAAGCAAGGUCUAGUGGGCUCGUUAUUGGCUAGUCAAGAGGCCAUGGAUCGACGGAAAAACAGUUUCGAACUGUACGGCGCUGAUUUUAUGGUCAUGGAGGACUUUUCCGUGUGGCUGAUCGAGAUCAACAGUCAUCCGGACAUGAGUUAUUCCACCAGUGUUACUACGCGAUUGUGUCGACAAGUGAUGGAAGAUACCAUUAAAGUCGUGGUAGAUUUUCGAGAAGAUAAAAAUGCGGAUACUGGAGACUUUGAGUUAACAUAUAAGCAAAGAAUGUCGAGUUGCCAACCGUACUUGGGCGCAGCUCUGUCGCUUCAGGGUACUCGUAUCACCACCUGUGAGAAGAAAUCGAGUCUGUAUCAAGAUUCCAAAUCUAACUUAGUCGCAAGAUCUCCGAUGACGAAAAAGAAGUCGAUGGUACAUAGCAAUAUUGGGCCGGUGAUCGUCGAUCUCAUCGAGGAAUUGGAGAUUCAACUCGAUCAAGAGUUGUGUUCUUAUUACAACACCGAUUCGCCUAAAUCGAGACCAGCACUUCCAGCGACUGCACCGACGAAAUCUUUAAAGACGAUUUCUGAUGAGAAAGCGGAAAUUAUGACAAAGAGUACUUCAGCAGGUACAACAUCUAUCAACAAAACAAAAUCGCCAACUCCUUCCAAGACUAACGUCCAGAACCACACUAAAUCUUCGAAUAACGGAAAAAGAUCUUCACAUAAACCGGUACGAAAGUUACGCAUGUCCACCAACACUGCAGGCAGCAAACUGGAUACAUCUCCGAGACAAACGUUAAUCUCGAAGAUUAUGGCUCUUCAGGAGCAAUCAGCGAACGAGGCGCCUAAAUCCGAGAAACCGUUGAGAAAAAAUGAGGACAAGAUCAUCAAAACUGCGAUACGAGACGCCGUGAAGAAGUACAAAAGAAACGUGACUGUUCGGCCAGAAGUCCCGCCACUGCCUUCUCUACUUACACCGCCAACUGCGAAAGUCACACCCGUGUCGACGACGAAGAGCAAGAGUCGCAGCUUCCUUAAGAAACAAACGCACCAUAAAAAAAAUAAAAUUUUAACCGACAUCUCCGAUAUGUACGCUGUCGGUUUGAGUCUAACCAAAUAAUCGAAAACAACCUGUCAGUCACUCGUUGCUCGUUAUUUUUCUCUUUACUGUUGAUCGAUUCUCUAAUUCUAUCUACAAGUGAUAUAUGUAUACAACUAAUAAAUGUUACAAUUAUACCCCUAA